AUGGGAAAGAGUGGUCAUUCUGCAUUAUCGCAUGGGCAGGUUUGGGGAGAGCAGUCUGCAAAGAAAUGUUUUUGUCAUGGUAGCCCUAGCAGUGUUGAUUGCAGAGAUGCAUUUUGUCAUGGUAGCCCUAACAGUGUUGAUUGCAGAGAUGCAUUUUGUCAUGGUAGCCCUAGCAGUGUUGAUUGCAGAGAUGCAUUUUGUCAUGGUAGCCCUAGCAGUCUUGAUUGCAGAGAUGCAUUUUGUCAUGGUAGCCCUAGCAGUGUUGAUUGCAGAGAUGCAUUUUGUCAUGGUAGCCCUAGCAGUGUUGACUGCAGAGAUGCAUUUUGUCAUGGUAGCCCUAGCAGUGUUGACUGCAGAGACGCAUUUUGUCAUGGUAGCCCUAGCAGUGUUGAAUGCAGAGAUGCAUUUUGUCAUGGUAGCCCUAGCAGUGUUGAUUGGAGAGAUGCAUUUUAUCAUGGUAGCCCUAGCAGUGUUGAUUGCAGAGAUGCAUUUUGUCAUGGUAGCCCUAGCAGUGUUGAUUGCAGAGAUGCAUUUUAUCAUGGUAGCCCUAGCAGUGUUGAUUGCAGAGAUGCAUUUUGUCAUGGUAGCCCUAGCAGUGUUGAUUACAGAGAUGCAUUUUGUCAUGGUAGCCCUAGCAGUCUUGAUUGCAGAGAUGCAUUUUGUCAUGGUAGCCCUAGCAGUGUUGAUUGCAGUGAUGCAUUUUGUCAUGGUAGCCCUAGCAGUGUUGAUUGCAGAGAUGCAUUUUGUCAUGGUAGCCCUGGCAGUGUUGAUUGCAGAGAUGCAUUUUGUCAUGGUAGCCCUAGCAGUGUUGAUUGCAGAGAUGCAUUUUGUCAUGGUAGCCCUAGCAGUGUUGAUUGCAGAGAUGCAUUUCCCACUGACUGUAAAGCUGGUUGGAAAGACAUACAAGUGUGAGCUAUGAAGGUAAACCAAGCUAACAUGAUGAUAUAAUGCUGAGGACAGAUGAAGAGUAAAUGGUCCAAAAGUUUCCAUUUCAGGCUACUUUUUAAAGUCCCUUGGCAUGUCAUCGUAGGCAGGUUCACUGUAGAUAAUAUGGUACAUACCAGCAAAUCAACCUAAUUUUAUGACUUUGAUGUUCUGCCCUGACAGGAAUAAAAUGUCAGUUAUUUAGUUACUGAAACAGUUUGCUGUUUAUGUUUCCAGCUAUUUCUUUAGCUAAGGAAGCAUUUACCUAAAACAUCCCCCCAGGUUACUGCUUAAUUUCUUCUAGUGCCAGGUAGUAAUGCCAGCCAUGACAGACCACAGCUGAACUGGAGCUCUGCCAUGAUUCCUUCUUUCUUCAGUACAAGCUGACUUAACUGGCAUUCUGCACAAGAUGUAAAAACAACUUUCUGUUAAAACAGUGAUGCUAGAGACAGUUACUGUGUGCUACCUGUAAUUUAGUGCUCAUUUUUUCCAUGCUAAAGCUUCUUUUUUUAUACCCUGAAGAGGUUGUUAAAUUGAACUUAAGUCCAAGCACAUUGCAUUUGUAUAAUUUAGAAACAAGAGUCCAACAACAAAACAAGCAGUUCAAGGCAAGUAAAGGGGCAGCCCAAACAUGCAAAGCAACUCACUGAUUCUAAGUGGACUGUAGAGCCAGUGUUAGUUUCAUAAGCAAAUGUUGUGGCUAAAAGAAAUAACUUAAACAUAUACUGAACUGAUUACACUUCUAGGAAAGGUGUGAACUGAGAGGAUUGCCAUAAAAAUGUCUGCAAUCACACAGAGUUGUUAAACAAGACCAUGCAGAUCAAAAACGAAACAGCUGCUUUGCAGGCCAGAUGUCAGUGAGAACUCUUUGUUAUUACUCCCUAAGUCAGUCUUGCUUUAAUGCUUUAUUCUUCUGUCAGGAACUGAAAAAGAAACUGUUUAAAUGGCUUUGCCAGCAGGAUUUUCUGUAUCUGAAUGUGUUGUUUGAGCUUAUAAAAUACUCUGCAUGGAUUGAAAGAAAACCACAGCUGCAGAAUUCCAUCACAUGACUAGAAUCAAAUAAACAAACAAAUGGGAUAUGGGUGGGAUGAAACAGAAAAACAUUACGCAAUGUGCUCAUUUUAAUAGUCUUGUUAGAUUUGAAACAUUUGUUUAUGCUUUGGUUUGUUAUUUAGUCGUAACUUUCCUACAGCUUCAUGCUUCCAGAACCACAUAUGUGCAAACAUUUUUUGUGGUAAAUGAAUAAACAGUGGUUAUAACUAAUGUUAACGUGUGCCAAAAUCCAGACCACAGCAUAAGGAAUAAAACUCACACUGCUGGGAAUUUUCUAAAAGUAUCUGUAGGCCAAAACGAUUUCAUUAAAGACAAAUUCAAAAUGUUUUCAUGGUAUAAAAGGUAUGUAUAUAUGCCUUGUGACAGUAGAAACAGAAACAAUCUUUAACUGAUGGGUUGUUAUAUUGCUAAUGAUUAAAAAAACAGUAGAAAAGUUAAUGGUUGGCACAUCUAUACGGAAUAAAUUGGAAACAGAAUUUACUCGAUGCAAAAGGAGAGAUAUAUUUAACAAACAUUGAACUAGCCAUUUAGAAGCUUCCACUGCUGGCUUGUGUGCAGCAGGCAUAGAACACCCUUUAUCCAACAUUAGAUAGCUUUGUGAAAGACUAUAGGAAGAAUGGUUUUGCUCAGAUGGCCUGCUUAGUGUGAAGUACAUGCACACACUGAUUGUUGUCCUGCCUUGUGUGUAAUUUUCUACCUUUUUCAUAUUAAGCCCAAGAUACACCAAGCUCAGACUAAAGUUUACUAAAGGCAUUUGGCGCGGUGGUUGUCUUACAUUUGCACAUGAUGGUCUGUAUUUAUUGGUCCAUUUCCUUUUCCUCAUAAAUAGGCUUCCAUGUGCCAAGGAUGAUGAUGUUUGUGCAAGACUGUCUUGCACUGUCUUGGGAAGUUUCUCCCUUCCCCAUUUCUUGUGAGAUCAUAUUGUUGGUAUAUAUAUAUAUGUAUGUUCAGACAGUGUUGAGGGUUUGCUUCCCACAUGAAGUGGAUGUUUUUUGAUCUGUGCAGGAAGGAUGUAGGUUAAUUUUUCAUCUGUCAUUAACAGUUGAGUGUUUCUUUGCACAACUGUAUAUUGAUCCUUCGUAAAUUAAACAAGUGCAGCAUUCAGUUGUAUGUACCCCAUGAUAUGUUUCAGAGAUAUCAUGUUUCUGCAGUUUGAACAAUGUCUGGCUGUCUCUGGCAAGAUUAUUCAGACACCAAAGUCCUUAAGGAGCCCUAGUCAACCCUAGUAGGCAAUAAAUAAGGCCAACAUAGGGGUCACUUACUGCUGAUUUAGUAUUUACUAUUACUGAUCAUCGGUCCGUAAGUAACAGUGACUGCUAAUUCUGACAUGUUUGUCCAUCCGGAGUGCAAGAAUUAAUGACUACACCAACCAUUGUCAUUGUGUGUGUGUGUGUGUGUGUGUGUGUGUGUGUGUACGUUUAGAUCUCAGUGCUUUGCUUUUACAAAAUGUAAAAUAUAUUUUGUAUAUUGUUAAUCAUAUAUUGUACCAGCAGCAUGACGUGAACUUAGUUCAGAGUUCUAAACUAGUACUCUUUCAGAUGUAAGCAAGUUUAAAGCCAAUUGUAAACAUAUAUUAACUGUAAACAGCACUUAAACUGAAAUACCAGCUGUUUAAAGGUAUACUGUAUCAUGUAUUUAUGUGCCUUCCUGAAAUAUGUGUGCACUGAAAUAUUUUUUAUGUAAUUACAUUAAAAAUAAAAAUAUAUAAAACCUCA